AACGGUCCCAAAGACAUUUUUUCAUUUAAAAAUCUACAUCGAAUAUAUGUUUGGAAUUGUGCGAGUCUGAAGAAUGUAUUUCCAGCCUCAGUAGCCAGAUAUCUCCCACAACUCAGUGGUCUUAUAAUAGCCCAUUGUGGAGUGGAGGAGAUUAUUUCCAAAGUAGAGGAAGGAUUGGAUUCGGAAACUACUGUCACUUUCGAGUUUGAUCAGCUGUCCUACCUUUGGCUUUGGGGGCUACGAGAAUGCAAAUGUUUCUACCCAGGUAGGCAUACCACAGAGUGGCCAAUGUUAAAAGAGUUAAAAGCAUACGAGUGUGGGGAAAUGAAGAUAUUUGGUACACAACUCAUCACUCACAACCAACAACUUGACUCCCAACCACCACUUUUCUUGGUUGAAAAGGUCAUCCCUAAACUACAACAUCUGGAAAUCGGUGAUGAUUACAUUGCAAUGAUAAGUGGUGGUCAAUUUCCAAACAACCUUUUCCAUCAAAUAAAAGCUUUUAGGGUGGAAGGCAACCGUAAUAAAUCAGAUAAUGAUUUCCAAAUUUCUUUCCUUGAAAGAUUCUACAAUCUAGAAGAGCUUUGUAUCCUUGAUUGUGAAAUCAAAGAGUUAUUCUAUACCGAAGGAGAUGCUGGUAAUAAGGGGACGUAUGAUGGGACACUGUCAACAAUUAGAAAAAUAGAACUGACUUCUCUGACAAUCUAA